CUCUCUCUCGUGUCCCCUCUUCACUCUCUCUCGUGUCCCCUCUUCUCUCUCGUCCCCCUGUGUCUCACAUCUCUCUCGGAGCAGCGGCGGCAGCAGCCUUCACUCCGGCUCGGAGCGAACCACGCGGCCGCGCGCUCACGGGCGGCGCGCUCGCCCGCGAGAAGCCUCGAGAGGUGGGGGGGGGGUCGACGCGGCUCCUCGCUCGCUCGCCGACUCACGAACGUCGGGCGCCGCUCGGGCUCCGCUUGGGCCCCGCUCGGCCGGGCCUCCGCGCCCCCCGCGGUCUCCUCCGCGGCCUCCUGGGCCCGCCAUUGCCGAGACGAGCGGAUCCGAUCGGGCCCCCGGCGUGGCGCGGGGAGACCCCGAGCUCCCGCUGCGAGCGACGUGAAGAGCCCCCCCCCAUCCCACCCCGCCGGUAAGGCCCCGCGUCUCCACGGGACCCGUGGCCGCCUCUUCCUCCUCGCCCGCGUACUGCCGCCACCGCCGCGUGGCCACGGCGCUACCUGCGGCGCCGGUAGCGGAGGGAGCGCGGCGCGCAUGGCCGCGAUGCGCUGGUGGCUGCGCGUGGCCCUGCUCUGCUGCUGCUACUGCUGCUGCCGCGGGGCCUCGGGGCUGCGGGAGGAAGGGGAGGCCGCGGGCAGGCGUCCGUGCUGGGAGGCCGAGAUCCGCUGCCUGCAGGAGGCCGAGUGUAAGCGCGCCUACAGCCAGUACCUGCGCGCCUGCGAGGGCGUCCUGCGAUCCGCGCCCUGGCGCGACCCCGCGGAAGGAGGCGGCGAGGAGGAGGAGCAGGAGGAGGACGAUGCGCCUGGGCCGCAUUGCCCGAGCCACUGCAUCCACGCGCUCAUUCGCCUCAACCAGACGCGCAGCGGGCCCCUGCUGGAGAGCUGCGACUGCCGGGAGGACGCGCUCUGCCUGGGCUAUAAGCGGAUCAUCGAGCCGUGCAUGCCGCGCACCUACUCGGCAAGACGCGCCGUGGAUGGAGCCGAGGGGGGUGAGGAGGAGGAGGGCGGCCCCAUGGGCUGCACCGAAGCUCGGCAGCGCUGCGAGGAGGAGCCCGAGUGCGGCGAGGCGAUGCAGCAGUACCUCAUGAGCUGCGGGAAACUCUUCAACGGGGCGCGAUGCACGGCCGGCUGCCGGGACAUCAUCAGCCGCAUGCUGGCCGUGCCCAGGGCCCUGGCCCUCAGCGAGUGCGUGUGCGACGGCCUGGAGCGGCCCUUCUGCGAGGUGGUCAAGGACAACAUGGCCAGGCUGUGCUUCGGCGGCGCGGCCGAGUCGGGCAGCGGCGCCUCGACGGACGAUUUCUACGACGACGAGGAACUUCACGGCGACGAGGGGCCGGUCCCCGGGCCGCACAGGCCACGGGCCGCGCUCGGCUCCCGGGGGGCCCGGGUGCAGAGCUCCUACGGGGCCCAGCUCGGCGCACUCGCGUGGAUUGCGUGGCACGCGGUUCGCGCUGCGUGACGGAGUCGUCCACCAGCCACACUCCCUCCUCUAUCCACACUCCCUCAUCCACACUCGGUCCUCCAGCCACUCAUCCACACUCCCUCAUCCACACUUUUCCCUCCAGCCACACUCCCUCCUCAACACUUCCUCCUCAACACUCCCUCCAGCCACACUCCCUCCUCAACACUUCCUCCUCAACACUCCCUCCAGCCACACUCCCUCCUCAACACUUCCUUCUCAACACUCCCUCAUACACACUCCCUCAUCCCCACUCGGUCCUCCAGCCACUCAUCCACACUUUUCCCUCCAGCCACACUCCCUCAUCCACACUCCCUCAUCCACACUCCCUCCUCAACACUUCCUGCUCAACACUUCCUUCUCAACACUCCCUCAUCCACACUCUCUCCUCCACACUUUUCCCUCCAGUCACACUCCGUCAUCCACACUCCCUACUCCAGCCGCGUCGUCCCCGCUCAUCACCAGGCAGACACCCAGCACAGACGCUUGUCCGUGUUCACCGUGGGAAUGUAACACGUCGCCCGCGUGGCCACUUCAGAGGAGAGACGUUCAUCGCGUGCCUGCACAAGUGUCACGUGCUGGGAACGAAGCGGCAGCAUCAUCACCGCCAUCUCGCUCGACUGGGAUUCCGAGGACUUCUCACGUACCGCUGAUGAUGAGAUUCGAGCAACGGCGGGGGCGCGAGUCUCCCUGACACUGAGUAAACUCCGCGUCGCCACCGCGGCGGUCGACUUGCGGUGAUCCACCUCUCCGGGACCAUCACCUAGUUGGUUUACCAGGUGAUGGUCCUCGACUCUGGUCGCCCCACGUGGAUGCUGCGCCGCCGCUCAUAAUCGCCAUCACGAGUCGCAGCGGACAGAGCUUGCUCCGAGGCUGUGCGCUUGACCGUGGAUGCGACGGCCGUCGCACGAACUCGCCUCGGGGGUCCUCCACUGGGCGAGUCGGCUGGUUCCAAACACGGGAACGAAAUUUGGCAAAUGAGGAGUGGCGAGAGUGGGGGGGGGUCACGCUUAUAUUUAUUUUGUCACCAUCCCCAUAUCGAGUCGAAGCCAACCAAUUGUACAGACGCGACGAUGGAUCGUCGUGUGCGCUCUUCUGUAUAAUAUGUGCAUAUGUAUAUACAAGUAUAUAUAUUUGAAGGCAAGUCAAAAUAAUGUUUUUUACGACCUCGAAAUCACGUUGUGUGGCUUUUUUACCGUAUUAUUACUGUGGCCAGUAAAUGAGUUUUGAAUUUCUCCCCGUAAAAAAAAUCGCAUCGAAUCUAUUGGGAGGCGAUGGUGGUGGUGGUGGUGAUGGGUGGUGAAGGAAGAGAAUUCACUCUCCGGGAGUCCCGGGUUCUGUGCGAGGGAGAUUCUUGCCUCUGGUGUGAGAGCAGUGAGGCGGCAACAACUCCCUGAACACAGAGGACACACAAUAAAAGACCCGCUCCACUCG